CAGAAACUAAGAUGUCAUAUAAGCAAGCCAAAAAUCAUAAAAUCCAAAUAUUUAAAUUAACUAAUUAGAGAUUUAAAAUUUAGGGAUUCCAACACUUCAAUAAACAUUAUCUCAAGCAAAAUAAUCAUUUGAAAUAGUUGAUUUAUAUGGUAAAGGUUUAUUUAAAUCAUUUAUUUAAAGGUGUAAGCCUACAGAAAAUGGGUCGAUAUGAAAAGGCAAUUGAAUGGUAUGACAAAGCAUUGGCCAUCAAUCCGUAAUUUUUAGCUUGUUUUCAUAAAAAAGGUAUAGUUAAAGUAAUAAUUUUAAGGAACAUGCCUACAGAAAACCGGCCAUUAUGAAUAGGCAAUUGAAUGGUAUGACAAAAAAUUGGACAUCAAUCCGUCAUCUUUACUUUCUUUACAUGGCAAAUGUAUAUUUAAACCAAUUAACUAAAGGUGUAUGCUUACAAAAAAUGGGUCGAUAUGAAUAGGCAAUUGAAUGGUAUGACAAAGCAUUGGCCAUCAAUCCGUAAAUUUUAGCUUGUUUUCAUAAAAAAGGUAUAGUUAAAGUAAUAAUUUUAAGGUACACGCCUACAAUAAAUGGGUCAAUAUGAAUAGGCAAUAGAAUGGUAUGACAAAGUAUUGGCUAUAAAUCCUUAAUCUGUGCAUUCUUUACAAGGCAAAGGUAUAUUUAAAUCAUUUAUUUAUUAAAAGGUUUUUGCUUACAGAAAAUGUGUCAAUAUGAAAAGGCAAUAGAAUAGUAUGACAAAGAAUUGGCCAUUAAUCAGUAAUCUGUAAAUUCUUUACAUUUAAAAGGUAUAUUCAAAUCAAUUAUAUAAAGGUUUUUGCUUACAGAAAAUGUGUCAAUAUGAAAAGGCAAUAGAAUGAUAUGACAAAGAAUUGGCCAUUAAUCAGUAAUCUGUGCCUUCUUUACAUUUCAAAGGCAUAUUAACAUCAAAUAUAUAAAGGUUUUUGCUUACAGUAAAUUGGUCAAUAUGAAGAGGCAAUUGAAUGGUAUGACAAAUCAUUGGCCAUCAAUUCAUAAUUUAUAGCUUCUAUUCAUAAAAAAGGUAUAUAAUGCAAUAAUUUAAGGUACAUGCUUACAGUAAAUUGGUCAAUUUGUAUAGGCGAUUGAAUAGUAUGAUAAAGCAUUGACCAUCAAUCCGUAAUAUAUACAUUCUUUAAAUAUAAAAGGUGUAUUUAAAUCAAUAAUCUAAAGGUACAUGUCUACAGUUAAUGGGUCAAUUUGAAUAAGCAAUUAAAUCGUAUGAUACAGCAUUGCUCAUCGAUCCAUAAUUUUUAGAUUGUUUUCUUAACAAAGGUAAAGUUAAUUCAAUAAUCUAAAGGUAAUUGCCUAAAUGAAAUGUGUCAAUACAAUUAGGCAAUUAAAUGCUAUCAAAAAGCAUUCAUCAUUGAUCCGCAAUUUGAAUAAUAUUACAAA